UUGCCGGGACCAGUUCAAGCGGGAAUUGAACCUGCGGCAUAAAAGUGGAGAUGGGUCCUUGGCCAAAAAGCCUUAUCUAUAUACUGAACAUUUACAAUUUCUAAGGCCUGUAAUGGAAACCAGACCGACCGUUGAUAACCUCUGCAGUGCUCUGGAGGCUGACCAAGCACCAUCUGGCCCAGCUUCCCCAGAAAAUCCAUCGGCCCCUCCAUCCACGGAUGAAACUCCGCCAUUAGAACCAGUCAGGGAGGAUGUCCCGGAAAAUCGCACAGUGCCACAGCAGAUAAGCACCCAGCCUCGUUCCUCGGGUAGACGUAGGGGUCCCCCUCCCCACGAUUCUGGUUUAGAUACUAGAGCCAUUGUUGAAGCAAGGGUUAUGGACUAUUUAAACCAGAAUCGUGGUGAGAGUGCGGACGAAACUAUGAUAAAAAGUUUAGUGCCCUUACUAAAAAAAAUACCCGAGGAACGAAAAGCUCGGUGUCUAUCUGCUGUGGCACUGUUGAUGGACCUAUUUGCAGGUCCACAAGAACCAAUGCAAACUGUUCACAAUUUAGAGCGGGACCGCGAUGCAAUGCUGAAUUGGAGGCCAUAUGCUCCAACGUUUUCUCAGCAUCCACCCCCAUCUCGAUUCCAUCACGGAGACAGUUCAUCCCUGGGGAGUUAUCAAUUCGAGGCUGGACACCCCAGUUCUUCACAGGCAACUCAUCUCCCAAGUUCCAACCCUGGCCCUUUUACAAGGGAUCUUUUUGAACUUUAAUUUAUUUUUUCCAAAAAAAAUUGUUUUCUAAAAUAAAUGGCAUUUAUCAUUUCAAAAA